AGUCCGGGGCGAUGACGAAUUAUGGAGAAGCGCCGGCAGGAAGCUCAGCUGUACAAGGAGGAAGGAAACCAGCGCUACCGGGAAGGGAAGUACCGAGAUGCCGUGAGGAGGUACCAUCGAGCCCUGCUUCAGCUGCGCGGUCUGGAUCCGAGUCUGCCCUCCCCGAUACCUAAUCUAGGACCUCAGGGCCCGGCUCUCACAUCUGAGCAAGAAAACAUCCUGUACAGCACCCAGACAGACUGCUACAACAAUCUGGCUGUCUGCCUCCUUCAGAUGGAGCCAGUGAACUAUGAACGAGUGAAAGAAUACAGUCAGAAAGUCCUGGAACGACAGCCUGGUAAUGCCAAGGCCUUGUAUCGGGCUGGAGUGGCCUUUUUCCACCUGCAGGACUAUGAGCAGGCUCAGCACUACCUCACGGCCGCCAUCAGCAGACAGCCAAAAGACACCAAUGUCCAGCGGUAUCUCCAGCUGACACAGUCGGAACUCAGCAGCUACCAUCAGAAAGAGAAGCAGCUCUACCUGGGCAUGUUUGGUUAACAAAGAUGUGCCUCCGCUUGAACUUAGGUGGACAGCUAGAGAUCCAUCAAGGGGAGACCUGAGACCCAGGAAGAGAAAUUAACCCCAGACAUCUGACCCACAUGGAUUUUUGUUUUGUUUUGAGCCCUGCACAAACUUUUUCCUACUUACACAGGCUGUGUCUUUAUUUGUCCAUCCAUCUUUAUAUUUGUAUAGUUUUUGAUACAUGUUAUUCUGGGGCAUUUUUUUUUUUACUGUGCGAAAUACAACC